AUGGCCCAGCAGGACCCCGGGGCGCACCUAGGGGUCCCGGUGGGUUUCGGCUUGCAUUCCCUGCAGGAGAUGGGGCUCAAGAUCUCAGAAGACGACAGCACCAGGAGCUUUGGGCAUUUCUGCCAUGAUGGGGAGCUCUUCCUCUCUUAUGACCUGAAGACCCGUGGAUGGACUGUUCCCCCAUCCUCAGCUGGACCCAGUAACACAUGCAUCCAAGAGAUCCCAUUCCUGGCCCAGCCUCCUGCCCGGGCUAAGGACCUGGGUCCCACGGUGCAGAACAGACUUGGAGCAGUGCCCCCAACAGUGAACAUGCUCUGCAGCCAGGCCUUGGAAGGCAUGAUCCCUCUGACAUGCUGGGCUUUCAGUUUCUCUCCCAGGAAUACCUCCCUGACCUGGCUUCAGGAUGGGAACCCCUGAGCAAAGAUUACCAGUAGUGUCGGGAAUGGGACCUACUGGACAGGAGGGGCCAUAAAGUCUCAAGGAGAGGAGCAAAGGUUCACCUGCCACAUGGAAGACACAAGGAACCACACUGUACACUGUGUGCCCUCAAGUGAGCCUGGGGUGAUCCGUGGAGGGGGUUCUGACCCUGGUUGA